AUGAAGGAUCUGUACUCAGCACAGAAUUACCAGAAAUUCUUGCAAAAGCAGAAAAAGAAAGAAAAACGAUCAGCAGUUGACGAAGAGGUAGAAGCACGUGCGAAGCAAAUUGAGGAACAGAACUACGAGAUGGCGCAUGGGGCACGCAAAAAGCUGGAGAGUGGCUAUGCUACACAACAAAAAACGACCAAGGAGUUGUACAGCCAGGGCGAAAAGUUGGACAAGGCUGAGACGGGAGCGCGUGAUAUUGAGAAGAACGUGGAGGAAGGCAAGCAUCUCACGCACAAGAUAAAGGAAGAAGGAAAAAUGUUUAAUUUUAGAUUGCCUUUCGUUGGCAAAUUUAAGAAAAUAUUCAAAUCCAAAAAGGAGCCCGAACCGGCAGCACACAAGCGAAAGAGCGAGCGGGCAGCUGCAGACAAGCCGAAGAAAGACGAGAGCGAAAUUGUGACAGACAAGAAUUUGAUACCUGGUCAGGCAAAGACAGACAAAGAGUUGGAGCAAAUUUACAGGACAUUGAAGAACGUGAAGGGUGAAGCUAAGGUACAACAGGAGGAGAUGACAAGACAGAGAGAAAACAUGAAGAGUAUCGGUAAGAGAACGCAGAAGAGCGAGAAAGAAAUGGAAAAUGUGACAGAAGAGCUGAAAAAGCUGUAA